AUGGCGGGUGUCGUGCCAUGUCGACAUUGUUUUCGCCCUGUGUCUGUGCAAGUAUUCACCAAGCUAGUCCACUUUCUCGAGUCCUUUUUUGAGUCAGAGGCACUGGGCAAUCUGCAAUUGUCUUAUCUUGCGGGAUUUGUCUGCGGCUUAGCUCCACAUGAAGCAACCUUGAAAAGUGAUUUUGUCGGUGCUGAAAACAUGGUUGUCGAUAUUGGUGAACUGCUUUUUGAAGCGCAUUUACUCGAACACCGCUCAAGUGUUCAAUGUAAAUUAACACAUCCAACUACUGUACUCUACGUGACUAUUGAUAAAUACUUUGUCGAAAUGAGUUCGUGUACUGCCACGAUUGUCAUCACAGGUGCAACAAGUCAGGAGAAUUGUCGAUUAGCUGCACGCAAGUUUACGCGUGUAAUACAGAAACUGAACUUUCCGGCCAAAUUCACCGAGUUUAAAGUGCGAAAUGUGAUGGGAACGUGCGAUGUUCGCUUUCCGAUACGUCUUGAAGGACUGCUAAACGAUCAUGCACGCUUUUCUAGUUAUGAACCAGAAUUGUUUCCUGGACUCAUCUACAAGCUCGUGGAGCCAAAAUUGACGCUUCUUAUCUUUGUGUCUGGCAAACUAGUGUUAUGCGGCGCAAGGGAUCCAGACCACCUUCACCAAGCUAUUGACAAGAUGUACCCAGUGUUGCUACAGUAUCGCAAGAUGACAGCACCACCGUCGUUGAUGACUGGAAAGCCCGAUUACGAGAAUAGUGAGGACCAUGAUCGUCUAGAUACAGGAACCAAUGUCUAA